AAACGAUCAAAUGACAUGAAAUGUCAUCUAUAGUUAGCGUAAGUUAGUGUGGUCACGUUUUUAUUGUGAAGGUCUUUAGCCGGAAGUGUAAAUGUUGCCACUUCAAACGACCUCGAUCCAAGCAGCUGAGUUUCCGGGAAAAUAACAGCAGAUGGCUUGGGUCUGAAAGCUUCAAACAUUAGGCUCUCUCUUUUCAGACGGACUAUCAGGCGUUUUAACAGUCUGCCUCUUCACAACAUGGCCCCGACUAAUGUCAUUAAGUACUCUUCAGAAGCGGGAUGCAGUUGUCCAUUGGAGUCCGAGCUGAGAGCAGUGCUGCAGCAAAGGAUCAUGGUCUUGGAUGGGGGUAUGGGCACCAUGAUCCAGCAGCAUAAACUUGAAGAGGAAGAUUUCAGGGGAGAGGAGUUUAAAGAACACCCUCUAUCUCUGAGGGGCAACAACGACCUCCUCAGUCUCACACAGCCAGAAAUCAUUUACACGAUACACAAGGACUACCUGCUGGCUGGUGCUGACAUCAUCGAGACCAACACAUUCAGCAGCACCUGUGUGGCGCAGGCAGACUACGGGCUGGAGCUCCUGGCUUAUCGUCUCAACAGGGCGUCCGCAGAGCUGGCGAGGAGGGCCGCUGAUGAUGUCACCAAACAAACAGGUUGUAAGCGCUAUGUGGCGGGGGCCGUGGGGCCCACCAAUAAGACCCUAUCUGUGUCGCCGUCUGUGGACAGACCUGACUUCAGGAACAUCACGUUUGACGAGCUGGUGGAAGCCUACUCGGAGCAGGUCAGAGGUUUGUUGGACGGAGGAGCAGACAUCCUUCUGGUGGAAACCAUCUUUGAUACAGCCAACGCCAAGGCUGCCUUGUUUGCCAUCGAUCUGCUCUUUGAAAAGAGCUAUGAAAGGAAACCUAUUUUUAUCUCAGGGACCAUCGUGGACCGGAGUGGACGAACUCUUUCCGGUCAGACAGGAGAAGCCUUCGUAGUGAGUUUGUCCCACGUUAACCCUCUCUGCAUUGGUCUGAACUGUGCCUUGGGGGCCACAGAGAUGAGGCCCUUCAUUGAAGCCAUCGGGAAAAGCACCUCAGCUUUUAUCAUCUGUUAUCCCAAUGCAGGUCUUCCCAACACAUUUGGAGAGUACGACGAAACCCCGACAGUAACAUCCUCCAAUUUAAAGGAAUUUGCUAUGGAUGGCCUGGUGAAUAUAGUGGGAGGCUGUUGUGGGACUACACCAGGACACAUCAGGGCCAUAUCAGAAGCAGUCAAACAGUGUCAGCCCAGAGUUCCUGCUGCUGAUCUCUAUCAGGACUACAUGCUGCUCUCAGGUUUAGAGCCGUUCAGGAUCGGCCCUUACACCAACUUUGUGAACAAUCGGCGAGCCGCUGCAAACGUGGCCGGGUCGCGCAAGUUUGCCAAGCUGAUCAUGUCAGGAAACUACGAGGAGGCUCUCAGCAUUGCUAAAGCCCAGGUGGAGAUGGGGGCACAGGUCCUGGAUAUAAACAUGGACGAGGGGAUGCUGGAGGGGCCCACAGCUAUGGCCCGCUUCUGUAACUUGAUUGGUUCUGAGCCAGACAUCUCACGGGUUCCUCUGUGCAUCGACUCCUCUAACUUCUCAGUGAUUGAGGCUGGGCUGAAAUGCUGUCAGGGGAAGUGUAUUGUGAACAGCAUCAGCCUGAAGGAAGGAGAGGAGGAGUUCUUACACCGAGCUGCCACUGUGAAGCGCUACGGAGCCGCUGUGGUCGUCAUGGCCUUUGAUGAGGAGGGACAGGCCACAGACGCAGAGCGGAAGGUGGAGAUCUGCACUCGGGCCUACAAUCUGCUGGUCAACAAAGUGGGAUUCAACCCCAACGACAUUAUCUUUGACCCCAACAUUCUCACCAUCGGCACAGGCAUGGAGGAACACAACGACUUCGCCAUAUACUUCAUCAGAGCCACCAGAAUGAUCAAGAAAACAUUACCAAGAGCCAGGGUGAGUGGAGGUCUGUCCAACCUGUCCUUCUCCUUCAGAGGGAUGGAGGCCAUCAGAGAAGCCAUGCAUGGAGCGUUUCUCUACCAGGCUAUCAAGGAUGGGAUGGACAUGGGCAUAGUGAAUGCUGGGAACCUGCCGGUGUAUGAUGACAUAGAUAAAGAGCUGCUGUUACUGUGUGAGAACCUCAUCUGGAACAGAGACACUGAGGCUACUGAGAAACUGCUGACCUACGCUCAGAACAAUGUGAAAGGAGCGAAGAAGGUGGUUCAGACGGAUGAAUGGAGAAAAGGAAGUGUGGAGGAGAGGCUGGAGUACGCUCUCAUCAAGGGAAUAGACAAGCAUGUGGUGGAGGAUGUGGAGGAGUGUCGGGCUCAGGUGGGCCGCUACACCCGGCCCCUGCACAUCAUCGAGGGGCCCCUGAUGAACGGCAUGAAGGUGGUGGGGGAUCUGUUCGGAGCUGGGAAGAUGUUCCUUCCACAGGUGAUCAAGUCUGCCCGGGUGAUGAAGAGGGCGGUGGGCCAUCUGAUUCCCUUCAUGGAGAAGGAGAGGGAAGAGAUGAAGGCUCUGUCCGGCUCUACGGAGGACGUGGACCCCUAUCAGGGCACCAUAGUUCUGGCCACAGUGAAGGGAGACGUCCAUGAUAUUGGAAAGAACAUUGUGGGGGUGGUGCUGGGUUGCAACAACUUCAGAGUGAUCGACAUGGGUGUGAUGGUCCCCUGUGAUAAGAUCCUCAGAGAGGCCGUCAAACAGAAAGCAGAUAUCAUCGGUCUGUCCGGGCUCAUUACCCCCUCCCUGGAGGAGAUGAUCUAUGUGGCCAAAGAGAUGGAGAGACUGGGGAUGACCACACCCCUGCUGAUUGGAGGAGCCACCACUUCAAAGACACACACUUCAGUGAAGAUCGCCCCUCGAUACACUUCCCCUGUGGUCCACGUGCUGGACGCCUCCCGGAGUGUGGUGGUGUGCUCCCAGCUCCUGGACGAGGUCAUGAGGGAGGAGUACUUUGAGGAGCUGAAGGAGGAGUACGAGGAUAUCAGACAGGAGCACUACGACUCCCUGAAGGACCGUCGGUACCUGUCUCUCUCUCAGGCCAGAGACAAGGCUCUGCAUAUAGACUGGCUCUCUGUGGCCACACCAGUGCGUCCUCACUUCCUGGGUACUCGUGUGUUUGACCGCUACGACCUGAACAGUCUGGAGGAGUUCAUCGACUGGAAGCCUUUCUUUGACGUGUGGCAGCUGAGGGGAAAGUACCCCAACAGAGGUUACCCCAAGAUCUUCAAGGACAAGACUGUUGGUUCUGAAGCGCGGCGAGUCUUCGAUGAGGCCCAGCGGCUGCUCCACCAGAUGAUUGACAGUGGCAGUCUGAAGGGGCGGGGCCUGGUGGGGUUUUGGCCCGCCCAGGGUGACGGUGAUGACAUCAGAGUGUACCGAGAGGAUGCCCCGGCAACCAGAGAUGCCCAGCCCAUCGCCACCUUCCACGGCCUGAGGCAGCAGUUGGAGAAGGACAGCUUUAGCUCCGAGCCCUACCUGUGUGUGUCUGACUUCGUUGCCCCCCUGGACAGCGGUGUGUCGGACUACAUUGGUGUGUUUGCUGUGGGGGUGUUUGGAGCUGAGGAGCUGAGUCAGCACUUCCAGGCUCAGGGAGAUGACUACAGCAGCAUCAUGGUCAAAGCGCUGGCCGACCGCCUGGCUGAGGCCUUCGCUGAGGAGCUCCACGCUCGUGUGCGUAAGGAGCUGUGGGGCUACAGCACCGACGAGGCUCUGCAGGCCUCAGACCUCCACAGAAUCCGGUACCAGGGCAUCAGACCUGCAGCUGGAUACCCCAGCCAGCCGGACCACACAGAGAAGACCACCAUGUGGAGCCUGGCCGGGGUCCAGGAGAAGACCGGUAUUUGUCUGACAGAGUCCCUGGCCAUGCUGCCUGCUGCCUCCGUGUCUGGACUUUACUUCUCCAACCCUCAGGCCACAUACUUUGCUGUGGGGAAGAUCACCAAGGAGCAGGUGGAGGACUACGCCAGGAGGAAACAGAUGAGUGUGGAGGAGGUGGAGAGAUGGCUGGCUCCAGUGCUGGGUUAUGACAGUGAGGCGUAGAGAAGGAGCACUGCAGUAAACUGGACCACUGAGGGCUCAGAGCAGGGUGCAACACACACACACACACACACACACACACACACACACACACACACACACACACACACACACACACACACACACACACACACACACACACACACACACACACACACACACACACAGGGUCCAACUUCUCACUGUGGCCCUCAAACACUGACAUCAGCAGUAUAUUUCUUAUUUUUAAACACUCUCGGUUUUAUAAUUGUACUCAACAUUUGUAAGCAACAUUUCAGAACCAGUGUGUUUUUAUAUUUCUCUUCGCGAACGGGUUAUGACAAGCUUACUUUUGUUAAACACAACGCACAUACAUUAUAUCAUGUAAUGUAAGCUCACAUGGUCCUCACUUUUAUUAUGCCGUUAUACUUUCUUAGUAACUAUUCAUGGUUUGGUUCAUAAUAACUUUAUUUUUCCCACUCUGAACUGUUAUACAAACCUGUUUAUGGUUAUUUUAAUAAGGGAGGAAAAGUUCAUCCUUUUAGAAAAUGUGCUAAUUUCCUUUCUCUCUGUGUAUGUGUUUGGUGCUGAUUCCUGUUUGGUCAGGAUGUGGUUAGCCUAGCUUAGUAUAAAGACUGGAAGUAGGGAGAAACAGCAGUCUUUAUACUAAGUCUUUCUAACCCACUCUAAAAGAAAGUUGAACUAAUUCAAAUGUUUUAAUGAAACAAGACUCAGGAUCUGUUCUUACUUGAAUUGGCAAAAGUCAAUAUGUAUUUCUUAUUACAGUUCUAACCUUGGAGGUACUGAACAAUGUAUUUGCACUUAAAAAGUAUUAUGGUAAACAGUCCACAUUAUAAUAAACCCGGCUGCCAAUGUUAGAAUCUUUAUUUCAUACCAAAUCAAUUAAAACAAAUUAAUAAAAUGUGUAUAUGGAAGGGAAAGUUAGAUGUUUACAAACAGAUAUAUCUAUUUCAGUUCAUUUCAAAACAUUUUAAAUCUUUAUUUUAAUGUUCUUUUGGAGUUUUUUUAAAUCAACAUUUGCAUGGAGCUUCUUAGAUACACAUGUUUUGUGGUUUUAUGUUUAUUACUCAACUGCCAAAGUGGUCAAGUUUAUAUUAAAUGGUGCAUUUAAAAAAUAAAAGAUUCUUGAUAAAGUAUAAAAAACAUAAUAAUAUAUAAGAGGAGCCUUCCGAAAAGGUUGUCUUCUUGAAAAAAUGACUAUAAGUCAGAGGCUCAGUGAAUACGUUUUAUUAAGAUAAAAGUCUAAUUUUAUUCAUUUUCUAAUGAUUUUUUCCUUUGUUAAUAACUCAGUUCUGUUGAUAAUUGUAUCCAUCAAAAUUGUCGCAGUACAUUUCAGCCUCCAGACAUCUGAACGUACGACAAGCACCCAAUGAUUUCAAGCUUCUAUCAUACGCUUAUUUCCCAGUGAGACAGUAUCCUGUGUAACUCAAAUAAGAUUUAGUGUAUUAUUGUAAUCUGGUUAGUUAAUAACUGCUGAUUGUCAAUUCAUAAUGUCCUUUCUGAGGGAUUGUUAAAGCCUUGUCCAGGUUUUAUGAAUGCCUAUCUUCCAAGUGUUACUGAGGUGAUAUAUACGACACAAAGAUCUGUAAGACACAUUUUAUUAAGAAGUAUGCAUAUUCAUCUAUUUUGCAAGCAUUAAAUAACACAUUUUAUCUACACAAUGCUUUGAACAAAUCAGUAGUGACAACUUAAUGAUACAAAUGAAGUAUUGUAAAUGAUUAUUCAACGCAGGAAAAACCACUGUACCAGCAUGUAGAAACACUUUAAACACUUUAACAAACUUGAAUGUAUAUUUUUUCUGACUUGAUAAGAAACAAAAAAACUGUUUGCUGCAAAUGUAUGGCUGUGAUGAAAACACAAAUAAUAAUUGUUUACAAUCAAAGAUAUAUUUUUAUGUUUUUUCAUCAACUGUAAAAGCAUGAUUUAAAAAAGAAAAGAAAAAAGGAUGCUUUAAACUCAAUUGUUAAGACUAAACUCUCUUAUUUUAUUAAAAAGAUAAUAAGAUUAGAUAGAUUAUUGGUAAUUACAUUGAAGGGUUAAUUUAGUAUGGGAUAACCCUUGGAUGUUUUUAUCAAAUGUUAUUUAAUUCCAGUUUUGCCAACAACAAAUACAGCAUUUCAGACUUUGAGGUAUAGUUAGUUCUCUCACAACAUCCACAUCCUGUUGACAUGUUACCAGGUAUUAUCAGUGUUAUACUGUUAAUGGACUUUACAACAUACUCAUUCCAUGAUCCUGGAUCAUAAAGUCUGGAUAUACCAAAAUGUUGGGUUCAAUUUGAAAUGAUGUUUAUAUUAGAUGCUAGCUUAGUGCAUUUCACAUGUGUCUUAAAAGCCCUGAUGUGCUGCAGUGGCUGAUCUUAGUUUGAAUGAAACUAUUUUUUAACGAGUUUGAUUUUCUUACAUUGUUAACAAGAGUUGUUGAUACAUGAUGAUUACAUUGCAAACACUGUAAAACAGGAGCAAUAGAACGGUGUGUUUCGUUGAGAAUAAAUCACUGCAACAUUG